AUGCUGCGAUCUUCGAUGGGUCUGGGCAAAGCCCGAGUCCCAGCUUUGCGCCGAUUGAAUUCGAGCCGCCUCUCAGGGCUAGGCCCAGUAACCUCCCAGCGCUUUCAAGGAAUCAGAUUUGCGUCGUCUGUGACGGAUCUCGAAAACUUUCCGGCUGUUGGCGAGAGACUCCAUGGGUUUACUGUUCGCGAAAAAAAACAUGUCCCCGAGCUACACUUGACCGCAGUGCGUCUUACGCAUGACAAGACUGAUGCCGAUUAUCUGCACGUCGCUCGUGAUGAUAAGAACAAUGUGUUUGGAAUCGGCUUCAAGACAAAUCCUCCUGAUGCUACCGGUGUACCUCAUAUUCUCGAGCACACCACCCUCUGCGGAAGUGAAAGGUACCCGAUUCGUGACCCUUUCUUCAAGAUGCUUCCGCGGUCUCUUUCAAACUUCAUGAAUGCCUUCACAUCCUCGGACCAUACCACAUAUCCCUUCGCAACGACCAACCCGCAGGAUUUCCAAAAUCUCCUUUCUGUCUAUCUUGACGCUACUUUGCACCCUCUACUAAAAGAGGCUGACUUUAGACAGGAAGGCUGGCGAUUGGGUCCUGAAGAUCUGCGUGCGCUCCUGUCGAACACUGGAGAACCCGAAAAGGAAGCCAGUCUGGACGACAUUGUCUUCAAGGGUGUGGUAUACAAUGAAAUGAAGGGGCAGAUCUCGGAUUCAAAUUAUCUAUACUAUAUCCGUUUUAAGGAGAGCAUCAUCCCGGCUCUGAAUAAUUCUGGAGGUGAUCCUGAGUUCAUCACAGACCUUACUCACCAGCAGUUGACCGAAUUCUCAAAGCGCAACUACCACCCUAGCAACUCGAAGAUUUUGACCUACGGUGAUAUGCCCCUGGCACGCCACCUCGAGCAAGUUGGAGCGGUCCUGGACGGAUUCAGCAAAGGCACGGCCGAUACCGAUGUCAAGUCGCCUCUUGACCUGGGUCAGCAACUGACUAUAACCGUGCCCGGUCCAGUCGAUACAUUCUCAAGCGACGACAAACAGCACAAGACAUCCACAUCCUGGUACAUGGGUGAUUCGACUGAUACAGUCGAGACUUUUUCUGUGGGAAUCAUUUCUUCUUUGUUCUUGGACGGAUAUGGCUCGCCGAUGUAUCGCGCUUUGAUCGAGAGCGGACUUGGCUCAUCUUUCACUCCAAACACAGGCUUGGACUCGUCCGGAAGAAUUCCCAUAUUCUCCGUUGGUGUCACAGGCGUCGGUGAAGCAGAUGCAGCCACCGUGAAGGAUGUUAUACAAAAGGCCUUCCGUGAAACCGUCUCGACUGGGUUUAGUGAGGAAAAGGUUCGUGGCAUCCUUCACCAACUGGAACUGUCUUUGCGCCACAAAACUGCCAACUUUGGAAUCGGCAUCAUGGAAAAGACCUUGUCGUCGUGGUUCAACGGUGCCAAUCCAAUGAAGGAGCUGGCUUGGAAUGACGUUAUCGAGGAAUUCAAGAGGCGGUACGAGAAGCCUGGGUAUCUGGAGUCAUUGGUAGAGAAGUAUCUUCUCAACGACCGGUGUAUGACGUUCACAAUGGUCGGCACACCAUCUUUCAAUCAGGAUUUGGACGACAAGGAGGCGGUGCGCAAAGAACAGAAGCUUGCCAAGCUCGUUGAACAGCAUGGUUCCGUUGAGCAAGCAGUAGCAAGUCUUACCAAUGCGGAGUUUGAGCUCUUGAAGAUUCAAGAGGAUGCACACAAUGCCGAUCUGAGCUGCCUUCCCACCCUUCGAGUCAAGGAUAUCUCCCGUGAAAAAGAACGCAAAUGUGUGCGCGAAUCGAAAAUUGAGGACACAGAAGUUGUUUGGCGCGAGGCCCCUACCAAUGGGCUGACCUAUUUCCACGCCGUGAAUGCGUUUGAAGACCUGCCUGAUGACCUACGACUCCUAAUGCCACUUUUCAAUGACUGCGUGAUGAGGCUGGGUACUGCCAAUCGCUCCAUGGAACAGUGGGAGGAUCUCAUCAAGUUGAAAACAGGCGGUGUUUCCACCUCCUCUUUUCUCGUUUCAUCCCCCACGCAGUUGGAUCAGAUUAAAGAAGGACUGCAGUUCUCUGGAUUCGCCCUGGAUCAGAACAUCCCUGAAAUGCUCGACAUCCUCUCUACUCUGGUGAUGGAGACUGACUUCUCAAGCCCCGCUGCUCCUGCUAUGAUCCAGGAGUUGCUGCGCCUGACAACUAAUGGAGCUCUUGAUUCCGUCGCGUCGACCGGUCAUCGGUUUGCAGUAAACGCUGCAGCAGCGAACCUUUCCCGUAGCUUGUGGAUUCAGGAACAACAGUCUGGUCUGGAACAGUUACAAGCUACCGCAAACCUUCUUCGGGAUGCGGAGACAUCUCCCGAGCGGCUUCAUGAGCUGAUAGACAAGCUUCGUUUGAUUCAAUUAUUCGCCAUCUCAAGAACUUCUGGUCUCCGUGUGCGUCUCGUCUGUGAGGCGGAAAGUUCGACACGGAAUGAGGCCACUCUACAGAAGUGGCUGUCAGGUCUGCCUCGUGUUCCCUCUCCCCGUGCAGCUGGGGCCCCGUCUUUCAAAUCUGUCGGCAAGGCCUUCUAUGACCUUCCUUACAAAGUCUACUAUUCCGGUCAAGCUAUGCAGACUGUGCCAUUCACCGAUUCUGCCAGUGCGCCCCUCACUGUUCUGUCACAAAUGCUCACGCACAACUAUCUGCACCCCGAGAUUCGAGAGAAGGGUGGCGCUUACGGAGCUGGUGCCAGCAAUGGUCCCCUGAAGGGCAUCUUCACCUUUAUGAGUUACCGCGACCCCAACCCCAUGAACUCAUUGAAGGUCUUCCAGAACAGCGGUCUCUUUGCCAGGGACCGCGCCUGGUCCGAACGAGAGAUCGAGGAGGCCAAGUUGGGAAUCUUCCAAGGUCUCGAUGCUCCAGUCAGUGUUGAUGACGAAGGUGCGCGCUACUUCAUGAGUGGGGUCACCCAUGAAAUGGACCAGCGAUGGAGAGAACAGGUUUUGGAUGUCACUGCCAGGGAUGUCAACGAGGUCGCUGAUCGAUUCCUGGUGAACGGCACCCGAAAGACAACUUGUGUUCUUGGCGAGAAGAAGGACUGGGCCGGAUUUGACUGGGACGUCCGAAAGUUGUCUAUGGGCCAGUAA